AUUUUGGAUCUUCCUCUGGUCUAUUCCUCUGUUCAUAGGAACAAAGUUUCUUCCAUUCCUGAAGGGAGUCUGUUAAGUGGGGAAAAGUUUAUGGCGACAUCGGAAAUAACAGAAGAGAAUGAUGAAGAUAACAAUUGUACCAUCAAUUAUGAAGCUCAGAAGGAAAGCCUCAGGCGGAUUAUAGCAUACCAGAAAGCUCGGUAUUUUUCUUCGUCGUCUUCGUCCUCCCUGUCUUCCUCAGCUGCUUCCUCUUCAUCUCGGACAACUAGCAGUUUAAUGGAACUCAUGAAAGGCGGAAGCACGUCCCUGAAGAGGUUGUUUGACAUUGAACACACUAGUUUAUCUACCUAUUUUCACGAUUACAGUGUUUUUCCAAUAAUAGAAACCGUACCUUUGUGGGAUAGUGAUACAGAUGGAGAAACUGGUGAUCCAUGGGAAGAAAUCAGGAAGAAUUCGAAAAAAUUUGGGUCUACCAGUCAAACUGAAUUUGCUUCAGCUGGGAGUUUCAUUACCACAGAAUUCGAGAACCAGAAGACGAAGAAGAAAAUGAAUAACAGGAUAUUAACCAGGAAGAAGUCUUUCAGGAGGCUGCCAGGUUUUAAUUUCAGGAGACUAAGUAGAUUUAGAUUCAGGUUGAGGCUGAGAAGGUUUAGGAUUAUGAUUUGUGGUAGAAUUUCCUGAUUCUAUUCUUCAGCCUCUGUAAUUAUCAUUUUCAUUACUUGUAAAAGAGACAAUCAUUUACAAUUCUAUAUUAAUUUUUUUUUC